AUGAUACUUGACUCCGUAUCUCCAUCUGUAGGAGUGCAGGGUCCCCCAGAUAGCCGUCUGACUGAGGGCUAUGCUCCCUCAUCAACCAUGACCGUUUCCGUCCAACUGUCCAAGUCCCGUUGCACCACUCGUCCUGCUGGUGACGAUACGGCUGAACUGGAAGAGGAAUUGGCGAAUGCUACCACCCCUGUCCAGCGCCGCCGUCUACAGAACCGCAUUGCACAGAGAAACCACAGGAAGAGAGUCCGUCUGGCCCAGCAGCAGGAACGCGAGCAGGAAGAGGAGCAGCAGAGAGAGCAGCAGCAGCAGCAGCAGCAGCAGCACCAGGACCAGGAGCACCACCAGGAGCACCACCAGGAGCACCACCAGUCUCCAGAACGACACGUUUCUGACUUGGACGAAGAGAGCCGAGUCGACUGCACCGGUGAAAUCCCCGACCCGGGAAUGGCAGCCCUCUCCUCGGCGACCCCAAUGCGCCACUCCGACCUGCACAAUUCGUCGGUGCGAAGUCCGCCCAUGUCCCGCAUGAGCAUCGACAAUACCUUUCCGUCUUCCCGAGCCACAGACUUUGACUUCAGCAUGCCCGCCAGCACCACCAAACCGCCUACGCCCGUGUCGGUAGACAACGCAAGCAGCAAGAGCUACCGGAACAGCGUGUCAGGCGGCGGCUGCUCGUUUUGCGUCUCCUGCGGCGCCGUCAACGACGUCGUCGACACGCAGUCGCUCUUGGACACGAGCCGCCGCAUCCAAGACUGGCGGCCCGUCUCGCCCAUUGACUUCGACGACGACACCAACGGCUUCAUAUCGCUAUCACAGACACAGAUGAACCUAGAUCACCACCAACCAGCUCCGCCGCCGCUGCCGCCACAACCGCUACACCAGCACCAACAACACCAGCACAGCCACCAGAACAGCCAAGUGUGCCACCACUCCCACCACCACCCACACAAUCAAACCAUCACCCCACCCCACCACCAAGACCGCCAACCCCAACCCCCGCUCGCAUCCCGCCCCACAACCCGCCGAUCCUCAAUCAAAAACCCCCACACAACCACCCUUGCCGCAACCAAGGCCGGCACCCCGCAAAAAUGGACCACAGCCCUACACAUCGCCACGGAGCGCGGCCACGAGAAGUCGGUCCGCCUGCUGCUGAACCAAGCCGGCGCCAACGUCAACGAGAAGGACAGCAGGGGCUCGACGCCGCUGCACGUGGCGGCGCAGAACGCCGACGAGGGUAUGGUGCGGCUGCUGUUGGAGUUCGGGGCGGACGUGAACGCGUGCGACGAGAGCGGGUGGACGGCGGUGCACCGCGCGGCGGAGAUGGAGGGCGGGGAGGGGGUGUUGGCGGUGUUGCUGGGGGGUGUGGAGGAGGGCGGGUUCUGA